AGUCAUUUAAUGGCAAAGGAAUGGAAAUUAAUAUUGUGCGGUUUGUCUGUGACAUGUAAUAUAUCACGCUUUAGACCCCACGCACACGUUUUGCCACGGACAGGCCCUGUAAAAGCGCACAGUGCUAUGUCAAGAAGGGGAGUAGCCUAUCUUGUGGGCUGAUGGAGAGAGAGAGAGAGAGACGCAGUGUGGGCGGGUGAAGAAACGGAGUGAGAGGGAGGGGACAUCGGCGUUAUCGCACCGUCGUUUUUUUCCUGCACGGCGUCUGCCGAAAACAAGGGCAUUGGUCUCCUAAUAGCCCAGCAGUUCACCUCAUCCCAAUUUCACAGUUAUUUGAGAUCCUGAACUAUACUGAAGAUUGGCGAAGCAUUAAGGGGCUUACAAUUACCUGUGGUCUGCAUCCGUGUCGGAGGAGGACAGCAAGGCGCCAAAGAUGGACAGAAUGAAUUUUCUCUCCUUUCUCCUCCUUUGCUUGACUUCGGUUGCCCAUGGCAACAAAGCAAAUAAGCACAAACCAUGGAUCGAGACAGAGUAUCAGGGCAUUGUCAUGGAGAACGACAACACAGUCUUGCUCAACCCUCCGUUGUUUGCCCUGGAUAAGGACGCCCCUCUUCACUAUGCUGGUGAGAUAUGCGGGUUUAAGAUCCACAACGGUCCCAGUGGUUCAGGCUCGGCUCAGUUUGAGGCCGUGGUUCUGGACCGCUCCACGGGAGAGGGUCUGGUGCGGUCCAAAGAGCCUUUGGACUGUGAGAGCCAGCGGGAGCACAGCUUCACCAUCCAGGCCUACGACUGCGGAGAGGGCCCCGACGGGGCCAACACCAAGAAGUCUCACAAGGCCACUGUUCAUGUGCGUGUGAAUGACGUAAACGAGUUCUCCCCUGUGUUUGUGGAGCGCCACUACGAGGCCUCGGUGCCAGAGGGGCGACUCUUUGACCGCAUCGUCAAGGUGGAGGCCCUGGAUGCCGACUGCUCACCUCAGUAUAGUCAGAUCUGCUUCUACGAGAUUGCCACACGUGACGUGCCAUUCGCCAUUGACAACGAUGGAAACAUCAAGAACACCGAGCCUCUGGACUCCAAGCGCCAGCGCGUCCACACCUUCUGGGUGACGGCGUACGACUGCGGCAAGAGACGUGCCCAGGCUGAUGCCCAGGUUACCAUAACGGUCAAGCCGUCCUGCAAGCCUGGCUGGAUCGGCUGGACCAAGCGAGUGGAAUACACACCUGGCUCUGGCAGCAUUCCACUCUUCCCCAGCCUCCACCUGGAGACGUGCGAGGAGACUGUUUGGAACAUUCAGGCCACCGUAGAGCUGCAGACUGGACACAUUGGCAAGGGCUGUGACAGAGACAGCUACUCUGACCGGUCUGUGCGCAGACUCUGUGGUGCCGUGAGGGGAGAAGUCGACCUACUCCCGCCUCCUUCCCCAGCAGCCAAUUGGACAGCUGCUUUGCCCACGCUGCCAUCCUCCGAUUCGUCCCUGGUCUUCUCUUUCAACGGCUCGUCCCAUGUUGCCGUGGUCCCCGACACGGUCGUCUCGGGGGUGUCCGGAAAUCACUUCACCCUCCAGCUGUGGAUGCGUCGCGGAGGGGCCAACACCCAGCCGUCCGCCAGCCAGGCCAGAAGCUUCCGGAAGGAGGAGGAGACCAUCGUCUGCAGCACGGUCAAGAACGAUGACUCCUACUCCCACUACUCUCUGUCUGUGCACGGCUGCCGCCUGUCCCUCCUCUACUGGGCUGACGUCUCUGCUGACCGGCCGGUGAAGUUCCUCUGGAAACUGGAGCAGGUUUGUGACAGCGAGUGGCAUCACCUGUCCCUCAGCGUGCAGUUCCCCUCUGUCACGCUCUACGUGGAUGGGGUGACCUUUGACCCUGCUCGUAUCCAUGACAACGGUGCCAUCCCCAACCCUGCCCCACACCAGCGAAUGGUCAUCGGUGCUUGCUGGGAGCCCGAGGAGAAGCAGAAGGAAAUUCUGAAUAACACCAUUCCUGAGGGGAGAGACGCAGUGAAAUACGUCGGCGGUUACCGAGGCCUGUUGUCGGGGGUGACGGUGCGUCCAGGAAGUGUGGAGCCUCACAGUGUUGUGGAGUGCCUGUAUGCCUGCCGAGAGGGGCUGGACUUUGGGGAUCUGGAAACACUGGGCUCGGGCAUGAAGGUGCAUGUGAACCCCAGUCAGUCCGUGCUGGUGCUGGAGGGGGAUGACAUUGAGAGCUUCAACCGUGCCGUGCAGCAGGUCACCUACAGGAACUCUCUUCGCUUCGCCACACCUGGGGUGCGACCCCUCAAACUCACCACCUCCCUUCGGUGUUUCAACGAGGAGAGCUGUCUCUCACUCCGGGCUCUGGAGGGCUACCUGGUGGUCCUCCAGCCCGACGCGCCCCAGAUCUCCCUGUCCGGAGUGGGGCCUCAUCUGGCCAGGCCCGCCCCCGAGUUCGAGGGGCCCCGUGGGGUGCCCCUCUUCCCCGAGCUGCGCAUCGUCUGCUCCCUCUCCCACGCGGUCAACACCGCCGCCCAGGGCAUGGAGGGUGGAGCGUUGAUGUCAGAUGCCGUGGCCCAUACCUUGGAUGGAUGUGAAGUCCAGCCCUUAGGGGAGGAGCUAAACCCAGAGAAGGAGGAACUUUUGGUUGAUAUGGAAGCCAUCAAGGAGAGGGGACUGGACAUCAUAAACACAACAGCCUAUAUUGCCAUCACAGGUGCUGAGUCGAUCUCAGUGUACGAGGAUGUCCUGCGCUCCAUCCAUUACCGCCUGGCUAAGGGCUCUGCUCGCUUCGAGCGGCGUUUCCGCCUGUCCUGCUCAGAGAUGAACGGACGCUACACCAGCAACGAGCUCACUCUGGAGGUGAAUUUCCUGCACUCUUUGGACAGUCUGUACCACCCCUCACACUUGCUGGCCUCUCAGCAGCAGUUCCUGCACCCCUCCCACCACACCGGAGAGCUGAGUGGCCACACACUACCCAACCCUCACCGCAACUCAGUGGUCCCAGGUGCAGCCACGGUCAUCAUCAUGGUGUGUGUAGGAUUCCUGGUUGUCAUGGUUAUUCUGGGAGUGUUCCGAAUCCGUUCCAUCCAUCGCCGUGGCGAGGGGGCCAGGGGCGGGGAUAAAGAAGGAAGCAGCCAGUGGGACGACUCUGCCCUCACCAUCAUUGUCAACCCCAUGGAGUCCUACGAGUCUCAAAUGGGAAUAUCGGCUGACACAGAGGGGGAGGGAGACGAGGAUGAGGAAGUGGCCGACUCGCCCGACGAUGGCAGCGAUGACCAGAGAAUUAUCAUCAAAAAAGAUGGCAGGGAUGCUGCUCGGCGCUACUGAGCCCACCAGCUACCGUUUGAAAAGCCCCCACACAUAUGGAUACCACGGAAACCAUCCCACACACAAACUCGGCACCUUCGUGUCCACUACGAGCCUCUGCACUCUUCUCUGGAAUGUAUGCUUACGAACACCAUGCACAAAUCACCAGAUAAUGCUUACAUCUGCAAACAUAAUAAUCAGAGAUGCCCAAAAUGCAUUCACUCUUCUUCUGAAAAUAUGAAACUAUGGCACAAAGGUAUUUUUGGACAUGAAUUAACAUAUUUGUGGUCAAUAUUCAUUCAUUCAUCUGAUACAGGCCUUGUUAGGAAAUGGUAAAGCAAUUAUAAACAAACACAAAAAGAUCUUCACUGUACAGUUACAAUGUGUAUAUUGGCCUGAUAUUGUCAUCUUAGUCUAACACAAAGUUAUCUAAUCGUACACGCCCAACAAACGGCUUACUUGUCAGUUUGCUGUACAAUCUCUUCCCCUUUCUCUCUACACAUUCCUUUACCACCAAAUAUGUGUCCAAGUAUUGAUGGUGAAUCAGAAAAGGAUCACUAAAUGUCCAGUAACUGUGUGACCCAACCAAUCUUCCAAAGUUCUCCUCAGCAACCCAAAAUCGGCAUCAUAACUUUUAGCACCAACUGACAGCACAGUGCAACACAAGACAUCACACAACAUGGCAUGACAUAACACAGGAUAACACAACACAAACCCUCUGCUGUAUCCAGAAUGUCAGCUCAGCCUGGGCAGUUUUGAUUGUAUUGAAUUUAUGUAAAUAUGAAUUAUUAUUAUUAUUAUUAUUAUUAUUAUUGUUUUUUGUUUGUUUUUCAUCUACAAAGGGAACUCUGUGUUAUUUAAUGGGUUUUUGUUUGUUUUUUAUUUUUGUAUUCCUGUCACACAUAUUCCAAUAUUCUGGUGAUCAUUUAAAACCAUAAUAAUAAUAAUAGUAGUAGUAAUAAGAAUGAUAAUGACUGGCUUGAUGAGUGUCUAUUCAUUUGUGUGUUGAAUUGUGUAAUUAAAAAAUAAUGUGUUAAUAAUCUGAAUCAUGCUGAAACAGAAGGCACAUGGCUCUUAUGACCAGUUUUGUCAUAUCUCUCUCUCUCUCUGUCUCUCUGUUUUGCUCCACACCAUGCUCAAAAUGUUCUCUCUUUGUCUGUCAUCCUCCAGUUGCUCAUCUCUUCACACCCCUCCUGCCUUGUUUUCCAUCCCACCUCCUCCAUCCUUCUGGUCUGUUUCAUUUCUGCGGAUGUACAGACAUGUGUCUCUCUUCACUUUCACUUCUCCUCACUCUUGCCCCUGUGUCUUUAGCACUGUCUGUGUCAGUGUACAGUGAUAAUAUGUCAAGUUUAAAAGCCUGUUUGCUUUUUCCAAUGUGUAAUAUUAAGAAUGGAAAAAAAUUGCAUUAAUAACAUAUAUUAUUACUAUGGUUACUCUUGGGACAUUUAACUGUACUUAUUGAUACAAUGAUAUGGAUUAUAUUGAUUGAUUGUUAUUGAUAACGUCUGAAAAAAAGGCAAAAUUCAUAAUAAAAACACUCGAACAAUGUCAAA